GUCAAUAUCGAUUUUUACAAAGAAAAAACAAGAAUUUUCUUCUUUUUUUUAUUAACAUUAAGAAAAAAGAAUAUAACUAAAAUGGAAUUGGCAAUAUAAUUUUUAUAGACUUUUGAAAGAAAAAAAGGGGUUUUUUGCAACCGUUAUUUCUUAUUUCUUGCCUAUAUCAUAUCACGGAAACCUUUCGCUUUGGAACGUGGAGAGAUGGCUGAGUGGACUAAAGCGGCGGAUUGCUAAUCCGUUGUACAAUUUUUUUGUACCGAGGGUUCGAAUCCCUCUCUUUCCGCUCCCUUGGAUCAUUUGGGACUUUCAAACUGGAAAGAAUUCUGACCCCCGGAUUUUCUCAUAGAUAAAUGUACGAAACAAAUCCAAUUUGUAAGAAAAAAAAAAAAUUGAAUUUUUACUCCUCGCGUCCAGGAUUCCGUCCUGGAUCAUUAGAUAAGAAUCCAAAGAUAAAGAGUGAAACAAAGAAUAUCACUACUGUAUAAACAAAAAGUUUGAGAGUAAGCAUUACAUAAUCUCCAAGAUUUUUUUUUAAGGAAUAGAUUACCAGUUUUUCCUUACCACACGGAUCCACUAGGAUGGUUUUUUUUGAUACCUAAAAAUGCAAAAAUGAAUUCUGGAAAAAAAUUGCAAGAAUUCAUUUAUAAUAAGAACUCUUAUCAAUAGCAAAAAUAGGGUUAGGUGGUAUUGAAUAGGUAUUGUGUAGGUACCUAAAGGUACCUGCUCAACCUAGGUGCAGGGGAGUAGAAAGGCUGAUCCAAAUUUAUUGCUGUAGCUACCCAUUCAAUGUAGAAUAAUUUCAAUUUUAGAAUUGAGGGUUCAUAAUAUAAAAAUAUAAAACUUCUCGGCUUUUACCCAUUUUAAUUUUUUUUUUUGGAAUGAACACAUCAUUCAAUUUGGCAUACAGAGUACUAAAGAUUUCAUCGAAAACUUACAGCAGCUUGCCAAACAAAGGCUAAUAGAAAAAAGAAUAGAGGUAUAACAGGCAUAAUAUCCACGAUUGGAUUGAAAAUAGCAUAAGCUUCGGGCAAUUUGGCAAAGAAAAAACUAGUAGGAUAAAGAACAGAAUUAAAACAGAUACAGGUUAAACUAAGUAUAUUAGGCAUAACAAGCAUUUCAUUCUUGUAGAGUAAAUAAUUGGAUUUUGAUUGAGUUAUUUUUUUAAGGGAAAGAAGGAAAAGGCAGAUUCAAAAUCUUUUUUUCUUCGGACUUUCCCAAACACAAAAUACCUCCUUGUAUUCGCACUCUCAAAUGAGAGUGGAAUAAAUUCGACUUUCAUAUAAUAUCUUAAUAGAAUUCCAUGUAAUGAUCAAUGCAUUUUUUGAUUCUAUAUUAUCUGCAUGUGUAGAAUACUAGCAAGAGAAUAUCUCUUCUUUAUUUAUGUAAUUGAAAUGGUAUUGACGAAUAACAAAUAAACAUAAUAGUGUUUAUUAGUGUCGCAUAAAACCCGAAAUGGGGCGUGGCCAAGUGGUAAGGCAGCGGGUUUUGGUCCCGUUACUCGGAGGUUCGAAUCCUUCCGUCCCAGAUUGUUUCUGAUGAAACAAACGGUGAAAUCAUAUAGUACUCCGUAUGAGACAAAAGUUUAUUAAAGAGAAUAAUGAUAUCUUAUGUUUUCUCAGAAAACAUAAUAAAGUCUUAAGUCCAGUCAAAUUGACUACCUUUAUUUUCAUGAAAAAAAUGGGAUCUAGCAGGCACAUUCAGGAUAUGCCUCUACUAUGAUCACUUAAUAAUCACUUAAUAAUCACUUAAUCAUAUUUUUUUCUUCCUUUUGGUCUUCGAGUCGAAGAAGUACCAAAAACAAUUAACUACCAAAAACUUUCAAUCUAUUCAUUGGAAUAGUUUAUUUAGUUAUUAUAGUUAAUUGUUUUUGGUACGGAAAAAAUAUAUUACUAAUAGAAUUCUAAUUCUAGUAAUUAAAUGAAUUAAACUUUUUUGGAGGUUGAUAGUUUAUUUAUUGAGGAAGAGUCAAUCCUUCUCUUCUCACUUCAAGAUUGAUCAUCUCGAGCCAUCCGUUGAGGGUGGAAAUUUAAUAAUAAAUAAGUUUUAAGCAAACUUGUUUAGUCGUCUUUUUCUAUGUUUCAUUCAUAUGAUAGAAUUCGAAUAUGGGUUUAAAUAAAUUGGAUCUUGGCGGAGGCUUCCCGGAUAAAUACUUACUUUCUUUUAUCCAUAUUGCUCCAUAGAUAGCAAGUUUUAAUUUUAAUUAGUAUACAAAAAACAAAACCAAUGACUAUUCAUGAUUCCAUCCAUAUUGGAUCAAUUUUCUAUACCACUUUGCAAUGAAAAGAGGAAUGUUUGUUAUGGUAAAACUUCGUUUAAAACGAUGUGGUAGAAAGCAACGUGCGACUUGAAGGACAUGAUCGAUUGUGGAUUUUGCUAUCCAUCAUUUUCCAUAGUAAUGAAAAUGCUCUUGGCUCGACAUAGCCUGUUCUAUUCGUUCCGAACCAAAUUUGCGCAGGGUUUAAGUAACAUAGUACACGAUGGAGCUCGAGAGGACAGAGUUUAUUUUUUAUCAAGGGAAAGAAUCUAGGGUUAGUGAAAACUAAUAAAUUAGGCCAACUUUGUCAGUCUAUCCUUAAUAUAGAAAUAAAUCGAAAGGUUAAAAUACGAAGAAAGUCCAAUAAAAGUAUAUCAGAAUCAAUCCCCCUUAUUAGAUUUCUAUAGAAGAGAUAAAUGCUUUAUCGAAGGAAAUAAGAAAAAAGGGUAUGUUGCUACUCUUUUGAAAGAAAAAAAUAGGAAUUCCCGAAGUAAUGUCUAAACCCAAGGAUUUCACAAAUCAAAGAUAAAGGAUUCCAGAACAAGUAAACACAAUUUUCAAUUGUCUCAACAACAGAGUUGGAUCAGAAUAAGGAAUAAAAGUCAAUUCGUUCGAAAUGAGACAAAGAAAAGAGUUUAAAGACGACUCAAAAAUUUUUGAAGGAUUUUGCCUUCGAAGUUUCUCAGGCAGAAUUAGCCAACUUGAGUCAUGAGUAUAAAUGAAAUUUGUUUUUUCUGUAAGGAAAUUAAUGGACGUCAUAGUCUAAUUUCUAUUAUUAUCGACAGAAAUUCGAAUCAUUUUCUCGAGCCGUAUGAGGAGAAAACCUCCUAUACGUUUCUAGGGGGGGCGUUGUUUAUCUACAUCUAUCCCAAUAAGCUGUCUAUCGAAUCGUUGCAAUUGAUGUUCGAUCUCGAAGAGAAGGAAGAGAUCUUCGAAAAGUAGGUUUUUAUGAUCCGAUAAAGAAUCAAACUUGUUUAAAUGUUCCAGCUAUUCUCUAUUUCCUUGAAAAGGGUGCUCAACCGACAAGAACUGUUUAUGAUAUUUUAAGGAAGGCGGAAUUCUUUAAAGAAAAAGAAAGAACUUUGAGUUAAUUGAAGAACUAAAUGAAUAAAAAAGUAGGAUAGGAGAAGAUUAUUAGUAUUCCUCGUUGUCUAAUUAUUUAGACACAAUUUACCUCUUUCUUAAUCCUAUUUGGAUUUAUAUCGUGCCAAUCCAACAUAAGCCCCUAUUUUAUUUACUUUUUCUAUCUAAUUUGUUUUCUUACCAUUGUAUUUCCAUUGACAAAGGUCUAUUGAACAAAUAGAAUUUGUAGAUAGAUGGGUCUCUUUAUCCUCACUCCAUAUUUAAUUUUUCUGCUUACACUUCGCUCAAAUGAUAAGGGUGUUCCUCUUGCAUGUAUUCUCAUACAAUAUAAUAUAUAUUUUUUUUAAUAAAAAUCGCUAAAAAAAGGAGAAUUUGGCCAUCGUGAUUAGGGUCGCUCUUUUUUUUCACUUUAGUGGAAUUUAACCGGACCUGUUCGUUUUGCCAUUUGAGUGUUUUUCAUGGUCGAUAAAAUCUUUCUUUUGAUGUCUUGCUAGUUCAAUGUUUUGACAGAAGCGCGCGGUGUAAUUCCAUUGAUUUUUGGAUUUCGAUCGUAUCUAAGAUCCUUUUUUUAUCUGGGUUGCUAACUCAAUGGUAGAGUACUCGGCUUUUAAGUGCGACUAUGAUCUUUUACACAUUUGGAUGAAACAACAAAUUCGUCCAGACUCUUGGUAGAGUCUAGAAGACCACGACUGAUCCUCAAAGGUAAUGAAUGGAAAAAAUAGCAUGUCGUAAUAAAAUCAAUCUUUUUUGAAUGGAAUCCAAAAUUACGAUUUUCUGGGUCUAGUGAAUAAAUGGAUAGAGCCUGGCUCCAAUUCUGGUAAAAUAAAAAGCAACGAGCUUAACUUCCUAAUUGGAAGGAUUCCCCGCUCUAAUUAGACGUUAAAAAUAGAUUAGUGCCGGAUGUGGGGAAAGGUUGGGUUUUCCUAUGAGUGGACCCUUUAUUUUUUCUUUUUUUUUAGAAAUCCUAAUUAUUCUUGAUUAUGGAUUGAAUAAGGGAUGUUAUGGAUUGAAUGUGUAAAAGAAGCAGUAUAUUGAUAAAGAGGCUGUAUUCCAAAGUCAAAAGAGCGAUUGGCCUGCAAAAAUAAAAAACUUGUUCUGUUCUUUUUUGUAAUUUAGAACAAACAUAAACUAAUUCGGUAGAAAAGGAGCGGAAAAAGAUCCGUGGAUUAGACUCCCUUUCUUUCCAGGGUUUGUAUUAAAAAUGCAACACCCUGUUCUGACCAUAUUGCACUAUGUAUCAUCAUUCGAUAAACCGAGAAAUGCUUCUUCUCUCUGAUUCAAGUAGAAAUACAAAUGGAAAAAUUCGAAGGGUAUUCAGAAAAACAGAAAUCUCGUCAACAAUACUUUGUCUACCCACUUCUCUUUCAGGAGUAUAUUUAUGCAUUUGCUCAUGAUUAUGGAUUAAACGGUUCUGAACCUGUGGAAAUAGUUAGUUGGAAUAACAAGAAAUUUAGUUCACUACUUGUGAAACGUUUAAUUAUUCGAAUGUAUCAGCAGAAUUUUUUGGAUAACUCGGUUAAUCAUCCUAAUCAAGAUCGAUUAUUGGAUUACAAAAUUUUUUUUUAUUCUGAGUUUUAUUCUCAGAUUCUAUCUGAGGGGUUUGCGAUUGUUGUGGAAAUCCCAUUCUCGCUACGGGAAUUAUCUUGUCCGAAAGAAAAAGAAAUACCAAAGUUUCAGAAUUUACGCUCUAUUCAUUCAAUAUUUCCCUUUUUAGAAGACAAAUUUUUGCAUUUGGAUUAUCUAUCACAUAUAGAAAUACCCUAUCCUAUCCAUUUGGAAAUCUUGGUUCAACUCCUUCAAUACCGUAUCCAAGAUGUUCCAUCUUUGCAUUUAUUGCGAUUCUUUCUCAACUACUAUUCGAAUUGGAAUAGUUUUAUUACUUCAAUGAAAUCCAUUCUUUUUUUUCAAAAAGAAAAUAAAAGACUAGUUAAAUUCCUAUAUAACUCUUAUGUAUCAGAAUAUGAAUUUUUCUUGUUGUUUCUUCGUAAACAAUCUUCUUGCUUACCAUUAGCAUAUUCUGGAACUUUUCUGGAACGAAUCCACUUUUCUAGGAAGAUGGAACAUUUUGGGAUAAUGUACCCUGGUUUUUCUCGGAAAACCUUAUGGUUCUUUAUGGAUCCUCUUAUACAUUAUGUUCGAUAUCAAGGAAAGGCAAUUCUUGCAUCAAAAGGCAGUUUUUUUUUGAAAAAGAAAUGGAAAUGCUACCUUAUCAAUUUCUGGCAAUAUUAUUUCUUUUUUUGGACUCAGCCGCGAAGAAUCCAUAUAAACCAAUUAGCAAACUCUUGCUUCGAUUUUAUGGGAUACCUUUCAAGUGUACCAAAAAGUCCUUUGUUGGUAAGGAAUCAAAUGCUGGAGAAUUCAUUUCUCAUAGAUACUCGAAUGAAAAAAUUCGAUACCAUAGUCCCCGCUACUCUCCUCAUAGGAUACUUAUCAAAAGCUCAAUUUUGUACUGGAUCGGGGCAUCCUAUUAGUAAACCCAUUUGGACGGAUUUAUCAGAUUGGGAUAUUCUUGAUCGAUUUGGUCGGAUAUGUAGAAAUCUUUUUCAUUAUCAUAGUGGAUCUUCGAAAAAACGGACUUUGUAUCGACUAAAGUAUAUACUUCGACUUUCAUGCGCUAGAACUUUAGCUCGUAAACAUAAAAGCACGGUACGAACUUUUAUGCAACGAUUGGGUUCGGCAUUUUUAGAAGAAUUUUUUACGGAAGAAGAGCAAGUUUUUUCUUUGAUGUUCACCAAAACAACUCUUUUUUCUUUCAGUGGAUCACACACUGAGCGUAUUUGGUAUUUGGAUAUUAUAGGUAUCAAUGACCUGGUCAACCCUCUUAAUUAAUCAUUAGACAAAACUAAUAAACAGGAAAGGGUUGAUAAAUGAUCAAGAAAAAACUUUCAUAUUUUUCAUUCUGAAAUGUUCCUUUUAUUAUAA